AAGGUAGAGCUCCAAACCACUCUGGCAUGAAGCUGCUACUGUUGUCAAUGGGAGAGGAACAAUAGCCACAGGCUGAAUGUCAGAGCAGAGUCAGGCUCUCCAUCUGUCUAUGCCUUUGGAAAUAUACCAGAAAUUUUCAUGCAAUGCACCAAACCCAUCGAUCAACUGACAGCAUUUAGUAAAAUGUUGGCCCUCUGUCAAAGCUCUUAGUAACGAUAGACAUCCUUAGCAGAGGUAUCAUAAUACAGCAAUUAUCAAGAACCUGGUCUAGAUAAGGAAACAUGAUGGAAUCCAUCUGCGUUACUGAGACACUUCAUUGGCCUAAAAAAGAACUUUCCAGAAAAUCAGUCCUGAAUGUUGAAAAGGGGCUAGCCCGAGAGAAGAUAAAAGAUGCACAGGUUCUGUCUAUGACUGUUUUGCGAGAUACAUUCACAACUGGAACAAGCAGCUAUAACGUUCUUCUUCAAAGUCAAGAAGAAAAGAAACAGGUUCAGAAAGAUCCACUGCUAAGCCAUAGCAAAAAAAGAAGGAAGGGGAGCAGAGUGAUAAGUACACGCAGCAAGGAGUACCACAAAGUCAGUGCUUCUUCACAAAACAAUGCCUGGUUAUGUGCCCGGAGGAACAUGUCAACGUUUAUCUCCAGAACAAGAGCAGUGACCCAAAAAUGUUCAAGUAUUACUGUGUCCGGAAAUAUCAUUGGGUUCACACAUCGGCCUAAACCCAAAGCCAAAAGAAAGCAAGUGUUAUCUACAGGAAAGGACACACGGGUGCCCAAAUCUCUCCCAAAAGAUGACCUCCCAGGGAAGAAGUUUUGCAUUUUAAAUGCUAUAAAGCCUACAAAUGUUGAUAAGGAAAAGAUCAAGUUUUUCAAGUCAGCAUUUACUUACAACCCUCAGUUUGAGUAUGCCAAUCCUGCACUGCCAAAUGUGUUAGCUAGACACAGCCAUGCCUCAGACAGAUUCCUUAAACAGGCAGUUAAUAUAAUGAAGAAAGCACUGGAAAAAUAUGGCAGCUAUGAGAAAUUCGAGCAAGCCACAGGAGGUAGUCUGCUCCCAAAGAGCCGAAUAUGGCUCCAGGUUCGAAAAUACAUGGAAAAAGAAGGUUGUCUGGGUGAGAUUGUAGUUCAUCUUACAGAAGAUUUACUUUCACGAGCUUCUAUGACAGUUGUCAAUGGGCGUCCAACAUUGACUAUCAACAUUUCUACUGCACGGGAACAGUGGCUUGAAGGGAUGCUCAAACAUGAAAUAGGGACCCAUUAUUUUCGAGGGAUGAACAAUAAUCAGCAGCCUUGGAAUAACAGCAGCGGUCGUAAGAAGUAUGGUUUAAAGCCAGUCAACCCAACAGAAGAAGGUCUUGCAAGUAUACACAGUGUCUUAUUUCGAAAAGACCCCUUCCUGUGGAGGGCUGCUUUUCUAUAUUACACUGUGUACCAAGCCAGCCACAUGUCCUUUAGUGAAUUGUUCCAGGAUGUGGGUCAAUUUGUCACAGAUCCAAACACACGCUGGGAUUACUGUGUGCGGGCAAAGAGGGGCUGUACUGACACAUCACUACCAGGCUGUUUCAAUAAGGACCAAGUAUAUCUUGAUGGGAUUCUACGGAUACUAAGGCACAGAGAAACCAUAGAUUUCCACCUGUUAACAUCCAUGGGAAAGAUUUCAUAUGAAGAUGUAGACCGCUUGAAAGAUCUCGCCGUUCUGCACAAUGCAAGGAUUCCACAGUUCCUCCAAGACAGAAGUCGAUAUAUGGAGUAUUUGGGGAAGAUUAUGGAGGUGAAUGAGUUGACAGAUGAAGAGCUGAAAAUGCUUAUUCCUUGAGAAGCUCAAUGUUC